GUGCAAUAGACACUCCGUAAAAAAAAACAGAAAGUUUUACAACUCAUGGUGCAUUAUCAUUCAUUUCUUCUGUUACAGAAAAAUGGCUAAUAACGAAAGAGAACCUUUAUUAACUUCAAUUAAUUCAAAUCCUAAUUAUAAUAAUUAUUCCAGCAAUGAUAUAUAUGAAAGCAGAGAACCAGUUCUCUAUGCAAGUUCUUCAGCUAUUAACACUCCUAAACAUUUGAUUUCUGGUGUUGUUGUGUUGAUUUUGGUUCUUAUGGAAAGAAUCGCAUUUUAUUCUUUGACUGGUAACUUAUAUCUUUUUUUAACACAAAGUGAUUUCAACUGGAUGUAUUAUAAUGCAAUUAAUGCUUUGUUAAUAUUUACGGGCACAUCUUAUCUGUCUUCGUUAUUAGGAGGUUGGCUCUCCGACGCUUAUUUGGGCCGUUAUAAAACCAUAUUUUUUGCUUUUAUUCUUUUUUCUGUUGCUUAUUGGUUUCUUCCAUUUAUGCCCCAACUGUGUAACUUGUGUACUGAUUGUUUUCUUCCUAUUACGCCUGAUGAUGAACCUGAAGUUAAAUUAUAUUCCGAAAAUUGUAGUUGGACUGUUAUGGCAAUAUUGAUUAUAGCAGCGAUUGGGACAGGAACAGUCAAGGCAAAUAUUACUCCGUUUGGUGCGGAACAAGUAA